AUGGAAACCAGAAGAAUAUUUAUAGGCUCUAUGUCACAGGAGCUCUGCUCUUCUGUGGCAAAUUUGGAGUCCAGGUUGGCGAAGUAUGGUGCCCUGCAGUCCCCAAUUGAGCUGCAUACCAAACUCGAUGGGACUGGGUUUGGAUAUUUGAACAUUGACUUGAGUGACGCAGAUUUUGCCAAGCUCAAGAGGGAGUGGAAAGGUGUGAAGUUUAUGAAUUCGAACUUGGUUUUCGAUAUCGCCAACCCAACGUAUACGGCUCGCCUGAUCGAGGAGAAGAAGGCCGAGCCCGCCGCACAACUGAAGCUUGCGAAACAAGAGAAAAUUUGCCAUGCGAGACUUGAGAGAAUAAAAAAUAGAAACAAAGUGGAAGAGGUGAUUAAGGGAAGGCUUAGAAAAAUACCGAGAAAGGAUCCGAAGCAUUUGACACUGAGAAGGAUAGUGAAGGGGCGGGUGAAGUUCAUCCAGUCCCCCAAGACAAAGCUCUGGGGUUUCGACAAGGCUAAGAAGCCAAAGGACCUUGUUUCUUACUUUGCUCAUGGUGAGUGGAGAGACGGAAACAAUCAUGUGGUUGACCGGUUGAGUUUGAACAAAUCUGUGCUCAAAGCCAGUGUGCUUCCAGAAUCAGCAGAAGACAGCGCAGACGACCACGAAAAUACACAGCACGAAGAAUUAGAUACAAACACCAAGCUUCUGGAGUCCAUGUUUGGAAACUACAACUUUGACAAGAAGCUCGCCAUCGAAGAGGAUCCGGAUGAGUAUGGCCAGUCUGAUUAUGAGGAUUAUGGUGGAGUUUUUUCGGACGACGAGGUUUUUGAGACAGUCUCUCAUUUGAAAGAGACACGGAAAUUGGACGAGUACAAGAGUAAGUUUGGCGACAGUUUUCAGAAUCAGCCCAUUGGGUAUGAAAGUGAAGAGGAGGACGAGGACGUGCCAGAGGACGUGCCAGAGGACGUGCCAGAGGAGGAGAUGGACACAGGAAAAAUAGAGACUAAACAGAGCAGGGAAAGUGCCGAUGAAAUGUCUGUUGAUGAGCCCUCCAGUGAGUCGGAAGAAUCGUCGGAAGAAUCAUUGGAAGAAUCGAUGGAAGAAUCGUCGGACGAACCAUCAGGCGAACCAUCAGAAGAAGCCGUUGAAAAAGAGCCAGUUAUUAGCUCGGAAGAAUCCAACGAGAUUCCUGAGGAUAUUGAUGACGAGUUUGUGCCAGUUUUCGGAAAGAAAAUCGAGGAAGACAGUCAAGAAAAGCCAGUUUCAAAACCUGAAAGUGACUCCAAAGAGGUCGAAGAAAACACCACCGAGGUCCUACGGUCUCUAUUCAAAUCAGCUCAGCAAUCUCAUGAGACAGCAAGUGAUGACAUUCCACAGAUAACUGCCACAGAACUCCCCACAGCGGCAAAGAAAAAUGCUCUUUUUUUCACACACUUCGAGUCGCCUUUUCUUCAGACUCAAACAGUGCUUAACAGUCUGAAACAGUCAAGGUUGGAGAACUACGAAAGCUGGUUCUGGGAGAAUAGGGGAGAGCUGAACCGUCAUUUCCGCUCGUUGAAAAGAGACAAGAGGAAAUUUAAGGGUAAGUCCUCAGCAUAUUAA